CAUUCUCCAGCCCUUGCUCCGCAGACCCACCGCUCCGUCGUCCCUCACAGCCGAAAACGGAGCACCGCCGAGGACCCUGAGCGACCGCCGACCGAGCUCCCGCGGCAGGCAUGGCGGCGCCGCUAGCCCACUUUGACGAGGACUGGCAGGACUUUAACGAGUUCAAGCCGUCCUCCGAGUCGGCCGACCAGCUGGACCAGCUGAACUCAAAUGUGGGCGACGCGUCGGGCCUAGACGAUUUGUCCGACCUGGACAACAGUUUCUCCGGCGAGGUCUGCAGCUUCAGGUCGAUGGAGGACCUCGUCCACGACUUCGACGAGAAGCUGACAGUCUGUUUCCGAAACUACAACACCGCCACGGAAAACAUUGCGCCCGUAAAACCCAUCACGGAGGACAACUUCCUGAAAGACGACGAGGUGUGGAAUGCGUUGACGAAUAACUAUGGCAACGUGAUGCCCGUGGACUGGAAGACUUCCUACACCCGAUCGCUACACCUGCCUUCCCUCAACCUCACCGACCACGAGAAGCUGGAUAACCAGUCGCUGGACCUGUCGGACGACGACGAGGAGCUGAGGGAACAGUUGGACAUGCACUCCAUCAUCGUUCCCUGCAUCAGCGAGGAGCCUCUUUUCACAGCUGAGCAGGUCAUAGAGGAAAUAGAGGAGAUGAUGCAGGACUCUCCGGACCCGGACGAUGAUGAGAGUCCCUCCCAGUCCGACCUGUCCAUGCUUUCUCAGGACCUCCAGGCUCUGAAACGCUCCGGCUCCAGCACCAGCUACGAGGAGCGACUCCGCCAGCUGUCUGUGUCGGAGCUGACGGAGACGCUGGAGGAGGUGGAGGCAGCCAUCCGCCGCUACAGCGAGGAGCUGAUCCAGGUCCUGGCGCUGCGAGACGAGCUGGACUUCGAGAAGGAGGUUAAGAACAGCUUCAUCUCGCUGCUGAUCGACGUGCAGAACCGGCAGAAGGAGCACCGCGAGCAGCUGCGCAAGAAGAAGAAAAUCAGAAGCACCACCAGCGUGGGGCCCAACGGCCAGAGGACCGCCAGCACGCACAUACCGGGCACGCUCCUCACUCUGGAGGGACUGUCCACUGUCAUUCACAACGGCCUCCGUCACACUUUUGGCAGCACGGGCGGGGACAAACAGUACCUGACCACAGUCAUCCCUUAUGAAAAGAAAGCAGGCUCUCCUCCUGUUGAAGACCUCCAGAUCCUCACAAAGAUCCUGUAUGCAAUGAGGGAUGACAGCGAGAAGGUGCCCGCCCUCCUAACAGAUUACAUCCUGAAAGGUAGGCGCUCAGCUUCUUCAGUCUUCAACUGA